UUCCGCGUUCUGACGUUCGGAGUGACAGGUCGGGCAAAUCCGAUUCACCACCCUGUUUCUCUCUCCACCACCAUUGACGUGAACCUCCCUGGCUAAGGGCUACGUCUCACGUCGUGGUAGAGUUCGUUUCUACUCGCGAACGCGAUCGGACACAAUCACUUGGAACAUUCGAGUUAUCAACGACAAAACAACGCCACGCGCUCUGUCUUUCACGGAGGUCACGUCUGAACUACGCGCGAUAAUCUCGAAAUUGCGAAGUAGAGUAGACAAAAACAUGGGGAGAACUUUGCCUACACCGGUCUCCUGCAAAGUAUGUGGCGACCGAUCGUACGGGAAACAUUAUGGUGUUUAUUGCUGCGACGGCUGCUCGUGCUUCUUCAAGCGAUCUGUGCGCCGGGGUGCUCUGUUCACCUGUAUAGCUACGGGCUCUUGCACCGUUGCAAAAGCCACGCGAAAUUUCUGUCCGCACUGUCGUUUAAAGAAAUGUUUCUCCGUCGGCAUGAAUACAGCAGCUGUACAGGAAGAGAGAGGACCGCGAAUUCGAAGUAACACGCUAUCGAGGCCGCACAAUUCUAACGUGGUCUGGAAGCCUCAAGUUAACUCUACGGCGACUCUCUGUGCUCGUUUUAAUAGUUCCGAGGUAUAUUUGCCAUUCAAGAGCACCACGUUGAACAAUACUCUACUGAUGAAGACGAUACACACGUCCGACAAUAGGGAGGAGAUCAUCUUCCCUGUCUUGUCGCGCCAGAUACAACCAACUAUGAAGAUUAUAUCGCCUGGCACGGCUAUACAGUACGAGAUUUCCGCGCAGAUAUUCCUGGCUGCCGUUCAGGGUGCUCGUCGACAUCGAGACUUCUCGGUGCUGAACGUGGAGGAGCAAAAUAAAAUUCUACGUCGCGGCUGGUCGGCCCUUUUCAUUUUGCGUGCGGCCACGUGGCCGGUCGAUAUAAUGAACAUACGUGGGCAAAGUGCGAUAACUAACGACAGUGCGUCGGGUUAUCUAACCGCGGCGCGCAUCGCCAUUGCUAAACUGCAGCUCGACGAUGUCGAACUGUGCAUUCUGGACACGUUCGUGCUAUGUCGACCCGAAAUCGCUAAUACCGCGGAUGGCUUUCGUAUAAUGUCGCGAGCAAGAGACAACGCCGUGGAGGCUCUGAUUCGGCAUCAUCAGCAUCGAGACGAUAAUAACAACAAAUUGAUCAGGAUUCUAUUUGUCCUACCCAUACUCACCGGGUGCUGUCCUCGAGAAUUGGCUGGAGAACUGUUCGCGCCAAUUAUCGACGAUGCAGACAUGGAGAGAGUCAUCGCGUCUGUGCGAUGAGUUUUUAGCAAAACGUCAAAAAUUAUAACAUUAUCGCAUAUUAUACGUUUUUCGUAAUUGUGAUUCGACGCACGUUAUAUCAGACAUGAUUUUCGAGUAG